UUGACAGGAGGCGGGACUUGCGUCACCGGUGGAGGUCGGAUGUCGCCUGACCGGAUGAUAGCGAGAAGUUUUGUUUUGUGAGUUUACGAAUGAUUGAUCCUCAGAUCACAAGAAGGAUCUUAACGAAUGCGUCCUAAUACGCGCCAUCUACCUGUCAGCGAGUGAUUUAUGAGUUAUUUGUCUUUGACAGCCUGAUCUGGAAGCGUUUGAAGGCUGGAAACUGAACACUUGAAAGUAACCCGAGCGCCGUGCUGCCGCGAGCCCGUUCCUGCGCGCUGAGAGACGGUCAGAAACCAUGGGCAACCGGGGGAUGGAGGAUUUGAUCCCCCUGAUCAAUAAACUCCAAGAUGCUUUCAGUUCCAUUGGCCAAAGUUGUAACUUGGAUCUGCCGCAGAUAGCCGUGGUCGGAGGACAGAGCGCCGGAAAAAGCUCCGUGCUGGAAAAUUUCGUCGGCAGGGAUUUCCUUCCCCGAGGCUCAGGCAUCGUCACCCGGAGGCCUCUUAUUCUGCAGCUAGUUAACAACAAAGCUGAAUAUGCUGAGUUCUUGCACUGCAAAGGGAGGAAGUUUGUGGACUUUGAUGAAGUCCGGCAGGAAAUUGAAGCAGAAACCGAUAGGAUUACAGGGUCCAACAAGGGCAUCUCUCCUAUUCCCAUCAACCUCAGGGUGUACUCUCCACACGGUAAUACAACACAAGACUCCCCAAGAAACCACUGCUUUCCUCAGUCCACACUCGUAAUCGCGGCAGCCAUUGUUAAAAUGUUCUCUCUCUCUCUCUCUCUCUCUCUCUCUCUCUCUUCAACAGUAUUGAAUCUGACUCUCAUUGAUUUGCCCGGUAUGACCAAGGUUGCGGUGGGCGACCAGCCGGUAGACAUCGAGCACCAGAUUCGAGACAUGAUUUUGCAGUUCAUCACUAGGGAGAGCUGCCUGAUCCUUGCCGUCACCCCGGCCAACACUGACUUGGCCAAUUCUGAUGCCCUCAAGGUGGCUAAGGAGGUGGACCCUCAAGGACUGCGUACCAUUGGUGUGAUUACUAAACUGGAUCUAAUGGAUGAGGGUACAGAUGCUCGGGAUAUCCUGGAAAAUAAACUCUUACCACUGCGUAGAGGUUAUAUUGGUGUAGUGAACCGUAGUCAGAAAGACAUAGAUGGCAGAAAGGAUAUUCGUGCUGCACUUGCGGCAGAAAGGAAGUUCUUCCUAUCCCAUCCCAGCUACAGACACAUGGCUGAAAGAAUGGGAACACCUCACCUGCAGAAGACCCUCAACCAGCAAUUGACCAACCACAUCCGGGACACGCUACCCGGUUUACGCAGCAAACUCCAGUCUCAGCUUCUCUCAUUGGAAAAGGAGGUAGAAGAGUAUAAAAAUUUCCGCCCGGAUGACCCUACGCGAAAGACCAAGGCUCUGCUGCAGAUGGUCCAGCAGUUUGGAGUUGACUUUGAGAAAUGCAUCGAAGGGUCCGGAGACCAGGUGGACACAGCAGAGUUGUCUGGAGGUGCCCGGAUUAACCGAAUUUUCCAUGAGCGCUUCCCCUUUGAGCUGGUCAAGAUUGUGUUUGAUGAGAAGGAGCUCCGGCGAGAAAUCAGUCACGCCAUUAAGAACGUCCAUGGUGUCAGAACUGGGCUGUUUACUCCAGAUCUGGCGUUUGAAGCCAUCGUGAAAAAGCAGAUCAUUAAGCUGAAAGAGCCCUGUCUGAAAUGUAUCGAUCUGGUUAUUCAAGAGCUCAUCAACACAUUCAGGCAGUGCACCAACAAGCUAAGCUCUUACCCCAGACUGCGAGAAGAGACCGAGAGGAUCGUCACUACUUACGUCAGAGAGAGAGAAGGCAAGACCAAGGACCAGGUCCUUCUGCUGAUUGAUAUUGAGCUGUCAUACAUCAACACCAACCAUGAGGACUUCAUUGGAUUUGCAAAUGCCCAGCAAAGAAAUAUUGUUAAUAAGAAGAGGGCCAUUCCCAACCAGGGUGAAAUACUGGUGAUCCGUAAAGGCUGGCUAACUCUCAACAUCAGCAUCAUGAAGGGCGGCUCAAAGGAGUACUGGUUCGUCCUCACAGCCGAAUCGCUGUCCUGGUACAAGGAUGAGGAGGAAAAAGAGAAGAAAUACAUGCUUCCUCUGGACAACCUGAAGCUCAGAGACGUGGAGAAAGGCUUCAUGUCCAAUAAGCACAUUUUUGGUAUCUUCAACACUGAGCAAAGGAACGUGUAUAAGGACUUGCGUCAGAUCGAGCUGGCCUGUGACACGCAGGAGGACAUGGAUAGCUGGAAAGCCUCUUUUCUCAGAGCAGGCGUUUAUCCUGAGAAAGAUCAGGUGGAGUCAGAAGAUGCCGCCCCUGCCGACAGUUUCUCCAUGGACCCUCAGCUGGAGAGGCAGGUGGAGACCAUCCGUAACCUGGUGGACUCCUACAUUGGUAUCGUCAACAAGACCAUCAGAGACCUCAUGCCCAAGACUAUCAUGCAUCUCAUGAUCAACAGCGCUAAAGAUUUCAUCCAUUCAGAGCUGCUGGCGUACCUGUACUCCUCAGGAGAUCAGAACAGUCUGAUGGAGGAGUCUGCUGACCAGGCCCAGCGCAGAGACGAGAUGCUGCGUAUGUACCACGCCAUCAAAGAGGCUCUCAGCAUCAUCGGAGACAUUAGCACCAGCACCAUAUCCACUCCCGUGCCUCCGCCCGUGAACGACAGCUGGAUGCCGGAGUCGAGCCCCACCCCCCAGCGCAGACCGCCUUCGUCGGCCCCGCCCCCCAGCAGACCUCCAGCAGUGAGAGGUCCAACACCAGGCCCGCCCCCUCUUAACCCCACCCCUGCCUUUGCAGCCCCGCCCAUUCCCUCUCGGCCAGGCCUGCCCAUGAAUGCCUUCGGCAACAGCAGCCAGGAUCCUUUCAGUGCCCCUCCUCAGAUCCCAUCCCGUCCUGCCCGUGUCCCUCCAGGCAUCCCCAGCAGAAGACCCCCUGGCGCUCCUAACCGGCCCACCAUUAUCCGCCCCGCCGAGCCCUCCCUGCUAGACUAGACCCGUGCGCUGUGCACCAUAGUGUGCUGGGCCGAGAGGAAGGGCUGGAGAGCUGCACUGAAACGUGCAUGCAUGUCUACACAAACAGCCUGACCAAUAGACCUUAAUAUAAUCCACUCAAACUGUCCUCUGACCAGCGCUGCUAAUCACAUCCCUACUUUUAAAUCCCAGAGGUCUAAAUUAAGCACAUAACUAUUCAAAAAAAAUAUUAUUAUUAUUGUUGUUAUUAUUUUGUUAAAAUAUAUAAAGUGAAUUAAAGGGUGUAGUGGCCUCCAACUUCAACUCAUUUUAUCACUCACAUAGGUCAGGUGACCACCAGGGGGUAUCCUACUCAACUUGUGUAGAUGAACCAACAUUAGAUGACUCAUGCCUCCUCUCUGACUAGUGGUUUAAUGGGGGAUAAGAUGUAUACAAGCACUGUGCAAGCUAGUUGCUGUUAAACUAGCCUGUCGUCUUCCUGUUCUUGGGGAACUGAAGGGUGGUUGAAGACCUUUUUCUUGUUAUAGACACAAUUCUUCAUGUGUUUUUUGAUUUCAUUCUGUUUUCCUGACUCUAACUUGAUAUGCUGAAAUAAGACACCAUGACCGUUACCAUUACUCUAUGUGGGAUUGAUUUUGAUCUGAUUUCUUUAUCUCAGUAUCGUUUUUUUCAUGUUCAGUUGGCCGCUUAUUAUGUACAUGAUUUCCGGCACCAAGCGACUGUUAAUUAUGACUCCAUAGCAGCUAACCAAACAAACGAAUACAAACACCUAGAUGUAGACACUCAUAUUUGGUGUUAACACUCAACAUCCUCUUUCUGUUUUGACGGGAAAUUCGGUUCUUAAAAAGCACUUCUGUUUUCACGGAUGGGAAUUUCUUAGAAAGCCGGAGAUGCCGCAAUUUGUAUGCAAAUCUCUUUAAUGAUCUGUUUAUACAAAUAAUAAUUUGUGUAUAUGAAUAUAAUCCUGGAAAGCACGGUAACCACUGGCGACGGGCUGACCCGUCAGCGCUCUGUAAGAUAGUGUCUCAGGUAACAUCCGACUCCAAAUCUGGUAGCUUAGCAUUUUGAUUAUUGUAACUUAAAUUAAUCUGCAAGGCCUUUUUGGGGUGCUUUUAUUUCGCUUGGAAUAAUGAGGGUCGGGGGAGCGGGAAAACAUCAGGCCGCUACAGGAAGUGGGAAUGCACUCAAACACGAGGUCGCUGAACAUGGUACAUGCAGGUGUAUUUGGGGUCGUGGGGCGUUUGCUAUAUGGAAGCAGUCCGUUCAAACUUGACAGACACAGGGAACUUUCGGACAGCAAAACGGUGAAACAAAAGCUUUCAUGUAGACAUAGAUGUACUAACACAUGUAUUUCUGAGUGUAUUAUUUAUAACCUGGGCAUUUGUCUUCGUGUUAAUUGCCAUUUUUCACAAACUGUUCGCAUCAGAGUAGAACGACAGAUAUUCUUCGCUAUCGAUAGAUUUGUGCCCUGUCGGUUGAGGUAAUGAUAGUUGAACAGAAUUCAUAGUGAAAGCGGUCCAGCUGGUUUCCCAUUGAUCCGGUUUUGAUUGUUGUUUGCUUUUCUUGAUCUGCGCACAGGGAAAUGGGCCACAACGAAUUUUGUUUUCUUGAUUAACUUGAGGAUAAGAAUGGGGAUUUGCUGCAAACGGGAGCGCAAUAUGUCUGUAAAUAACUGAAGGCUUUAAGUUGAAUAUGAGGUGAAACUUAAAAACUACCUGCGGAUUUCAAUACCGAACGCUCUUGAGUCACUCCUGUAUGUUAUGGCUACAGUGAUGGCAACCGUUGCUCCUUCUUCGCAAUCCAGUCAGUUCAAGGCUUGAAUUAAAAUUGUAUCCAGCUUUAUCUUUUCCCAUUUCAAAUUACUUAAACAUCUGUUAAGAACUGGAUGAAGCCCAAAUCACUGCAGCCAUAACUUUCCUGUGGUCUUUAAGGUUAUGGUGACCCAAUCCCUGUCUCUCCCUCUAAUAAUUCUGUCCUUUUGUAUGGAGUGAGGGACUGAGGACAUAUUUAGCAAUCUUUUUUUAUGCUUUUGGAAUAACAAAUUGUCAAGUGCCUGUGUAGCAAUUAAAACGGACUUGGAGCAAAAUGCACAAUGAGAAUUGGAAGUGAGAUAAUAAAAGGUGUUGUGUAUAAUAAAGAUCUGGUGCUCUGGU